CUCACAUUCCCCCAUCCGCCCUAGCCCUCGUCGAACAUAAGGAUAACGCCUGACAUUCUCGCGACCCUUAUCGGCUUCUCCUACCCGCCCACCACACGCAUUCCGCUGCACAAUUCGCUCUCUGAGUACGCUUCGAGAACAAUCUCGCGACUCACUCGACCAGCCCCUCGUCUUACGCUGAGCAAUCGCGUCGACUCACCCGACAUCCCCCACUAGAAAACCGCUUGUACCUCAGUCAAACACAAACCAAUGGCCCUCACGAACCCGCCUUCCCCUGCUGCUUCCGACGGUUCUUCCAACUCCGUCUCCAGUGGACCUCCGCGCACGCCGGAAUCCGCAGAGCACCCUCCACUCAAGUCCGAGUCCCAUAACGCCGGUGGAGUCAAGCGCACCUCCAAACCUAAUCGCCGUGCAAACACCGCCGAGCGGCGUGCCACGCACAACGCUGUCGAACGUCAGCGCAGAGAGACGCUGAAUGGAAGGUUUCUGGUUAGCCUGUUCGGUUCUGACUGGCGUUAUUGAUGCUCAUCUACUUUCCCCCCCUCUCCCAGGACCUCGCCGGGCUACUUCCCA